GUUCAGGGUCUAUGCCUCGUUUGAAUUGGAUCCCAUGCUUGGUAGUGGAGAACUCCUCCGCACAGUCGAGACCACUGUUGGAGAAUUACUGGACCGCAGUGAAAAGUCACAUCCCCUCAUAUUUCAGGCUAAGGAAGGGGAAGUCGUAUCUUCGUGUACUUCACUGUUCAUAGCCGUUGCACAACGACGUUCUUCUGAAGAUGACGCCGCACUUCGACCCACUGCUCCCAUCAUGUCUGGCGAUUUGCGUACAUUAGUACUAAUGACGGAUGUUGGACAUCGUCUGCUCGCACGAUACCGCAGGACACAGAACAGUUGGGAUCUCGACCAAUGCACAAGGCACUUUGAACGCGCUGCCGACCUCUGCCCCAUUGAUCAUCCCUGCCGUCCUGCAGCACUGUCCAAUCUAGCUAUCGCAAGGUUUAUUUUUUGCCAAGCUAGUGGAACAUAUCCCGACCUCGACAUCCCCAUCUCUCUCUUUCAAGACGCCCUUGAUUUGCGUCCUGCUGGUCAUCCGGACAGGCCCAUCAGCCAGCUCCAUCUUGCCAUUGCUCUGCUGUCUC